AUGUUGUGUCUCUGCCAGCUUUCGCUCAGCCGAGCGCUCUUUGGAAUACUUUCUUUCACGAUACUACCCGUCCAAGCUGCCUACUUCACCGAACCGCCAAGUUUUGAACUUGACCGAAGUGGUGGCCGUGUGACGGUCCCGGAUCUCAACAGCACUUACGUGCUUGGACAAAAGGUUCACAUUACAUGGGAGGUCCCAACUGUGCCAUGGAUCUCUCUGAGUCUAGUGCACUGGGGACAGGAUGCCGGCAUAGCUGUAGCGUCUUUCAUCACCAAUGAUAAAAACAAUGGGUAUUAUACCUGGUACAUUGGAGAAAAAGAUGGCAUCACGAAGGAGACCAUAGCCACAAACCCCAACUUCGCUCUAAGACUCAUCGACCCAACCGGCAAUUACACUCAGACUGAUGCGCCUGCGGGCUUCAUUGGCAACGCACUGCAAAGUCGCGGCUUCGUCAUCAAAGCGAACGCAACAUCCGAGCCAGCGACGGAGUCGGCCGUCCCUUCAGCGGGCUCAUCGAGCCUCUCCACCGGCGCCGUGGCCGGCAUCGCGGUAGGAUCCGCAGCGGUCGGAGCUCUGCUUGCAGCGGCUCUCUGUUUCUGGUUCCUGCGCCGACGCAACCGGCCGGCCUAUGCUGCAAACACGGGAAACCUGGCUCGCCAUCCCACGCCGACGCUCCAUCCCGUUGUACACCAGCAGAUGCGCCAUGAUUCGGCAUACGCCAGCCCAAACUCGUCCGGCGACCACAUGUUUGUGGUGCCGCCGGCACGUCAACUGUCGCAUCAGACUAGUAAUGUGAGUCCGAUCAGCAGGCGGCAGACUCCUCCGCCGUCGUACCCGUCGCCUGUGGACGAGUACCAGAAUCCGAGGACGGAGCUGUCUGGUGUCCGGGAGCCUCAAGAGGUGCCGGCGACGAACUCAAGGGGCCGAUCAGAACUUUCGGGAUCUCAGAGAGCUUGA